AUGGAGCCGGCACACAUCCAAAUCCAGAUCUCAGAAUUAUUUGAGGUCAAGCUAACGGACUACGGCGGCAGAGCGUGCUUUGCGCGGCAGAGCCAGCAGCGCGGGGAUACGGUCCUGAAACUGACGCAAGCACUGGGGUCCUCUAUAGCAUAUGAAUACCGGAAGGAGGUUUGCCACUUUUGCUUUGCGUAUGAUGCUGGAGCUGUCAUGAAGACGAAAAUAGGACAUGCGGAGGCAAGAUUUCAACCAUCUAUCACCGGCGCCAGCAGUUUCGGCGGAGGCGGCCUCCGAUUUUGCUCGGAAAUAUGCAAGAACGCAUAUAUGCAGAUGGAGUCCGCCGAAGAGCUGGUGGAGGCCUUUGAAACUUUGCUGCAGGCUUUUCAGAGAAGCAACAAGCGCAGAAAUACGGAUCUCCAAGACGAUGACUGCGGGAACGCUGUCAUCACGGAAGCAAUUAUAGAAGAAAGAUGGCGGUAUGUAGAAAACGAAUGGACUCCAAAAUUAUCUGCAAUGAAGCCGAGCAAACGGCAUCUGAUGAUUCCUGCGAUUGACGAAGAGGUUUACUCGUGUGCAAGAUUUGUUACUGAAUGCCUGUUCAGGCUAAAACAUCUGCCAAAUGAAUCAACCAUGUACCAAGCUUUCGACCAGUUGCAAUCCAAUGAGCUACAGAAAAUAACUGAAUUUCCUGUACUUCUAGAGUUCCAACUAAAAGUGUACAAGUUCUUAAAAGUAGUACUUCCGAUUGGUCUGCGAGAUCUGCUCUCAUCGGCGCUUUUCCGUAAAAUAUUGGGCAGUGAAUACGGGAACUCGUUCGGGAUCUGGGAACAGAACGAGGGGAAUUAUAGUAGAGAUUACCUGGGAUAUUGGGUCCUCCCGGAAGCUUCCUAUUUCAACCAUUCAUGCGCUCCAAAUUUGGCCAAAAAGAGAGUUGGGCGUGAGAUGUAUUUCGUGCUGACUUCUGACGUUGCUGCUGGUGAGCAACUGUGUAUUGACUAUAAGGGGAUACUGGACUUACCGGUGGUUGAAAGGCGCAAUAUAUUACACAGCAACUGGUUCUUUGACUGCGCUUGCGAGCGCUGCGCUCUAGAGUUGCAGUCGAUCCAUUAA